AAGGUUCUUCGUCGUUCUUAUUGGUACGCUUCAAAAGCCUUCCUUUCUCUGUAGCUUUAGUUAAAAUCCAAGAAAUGGGUGUUUUUGUUGGAGGCUAAUCGACGUUUUUGUAAUUGCUCUCUCUCUCAGUUUUUUUGGAGAAAUAUAUUAGCUUUAGUGAGAGGUGUAGUUCAGGGAUUACAAUUAGUUUGAUCUGCUUAAUUUUGUGAUCAUUGGACUAAUAAAAAACUUCCUGUAGGGUUUAUAAGCUCUCUUGCUUUGAUGCACUUAUUAAUGUGGUUAAUGUCUCUUAUUUGGAAAAUUAGAUGGUUGAGUUGCAUAUAGCUCGCAUAAUUUAGCUGAGAUCUGUGAAGAUGUAUUCGGGUCAGAACAAGAUCCACAAGGAUAAGGGUGUUGCACCAACAGAGUUUGAAGAGCAAGUUACUCAGGCUUUGUUUGACUUGGAGAACACCAACCAGGAGUUGAAAAGCGAGUUGAAAGAUCUCUACAUUAACCAAGCUGUUCAGAUGGAUAUUUCUGGCAACCGCAAAGCUGUUGUGAUCUACGUUCCAUUCAGGCUGAGGAAAGCUUUCCGCAAGAUUCAUCUUCGUCUGGUCAGAGAGCUUGAGAAGAAGUUCAGUGGAAAAGAUGUGAUCUUUGUUGCUACCAGAAGAAUCAUGCGCCCACCAAAGAAAGGCUCAGCUGUUCAGAGACCACGCAACAGAACUCUUACUUCUGUCCAUGAAGCCAUGCUCGAGGAUGUCGCUUACCCUGCUGAGAUUGUAGGAAAGAGAACCAGAUACCGUCUUGAUGGCACCAAGAUCAUGAAGGUAUUUUUGGAUAGUAAGCUAAAGAACGACACUGAGUACAAGCUGGAGACAAUGGUGGGUGUGUACAGGAAACUUACAGGGAAAGAUGUAGUUUUCGAGUACCCAGUCAUAGAAGCUUGAAGAGAUGAAUGUUUGUUUCAUUCUUUUUUGUCGGAUAGAGAGCUUUUGAUUCUGUUUGGGAGUAAAACUCUUUGCAAAGAUUUUGUUAUUUCAGCAUUUCGCAAUCUCUUCUUCAAAGUUCGAUUUAUCGAUACAAUUCUUUUUUCCUACUAGCAUUCAUAGUUUCAAAAACAAAAGUUUCAAAUAAUUCCAGGUUAAAUUUAUAAUUUUUGAGCAC